UUAUUUUUGCAGUCAUUUCCUGUGAUGUCACUUCCUCUUUCACCGGACGGUCAUGGCUGUUACAGAGGAAGUUAAUUGCUUCUUGUUUUGCUGCUUGUAUGUUGGACCUUUGGCCGUCGUUAUUGAACAUCGAGGAAUAUCGCUGAAUCCAACUCCAGAGAUGAUACUGUUUACACCAGAUUGCGAUUUGUCCUGACCAAUCAGCAUCUUCAGCGAUAUGAUGUCAUCAAAAUGUGCCAGGUUCUAUCGGAGGAUCUGAGUCGGUGAAACUCCAUCUGCAGGAGCCCACACUGAGUGGGUUUGUUUCGAGGGGGAUUCCCUGAACUGUGGGGACGCCAGGAAAUUCCACGGACACUGUGGCUGUGUGCGUUGCCCUUCAAUUGUUGUUCGUUUACAAAUCAAAACUCAGAUCCUUACGCCAGCAUUAACUCAGAAACUUGAAACUCACUCCCACACGCUAAAACACACAUACAUAACAUACUGACACGCCCACACACACACACACACACACACACAUUCACACAAAGAAGCAUAGACGUUGGACCGUCCUCUUCCCGGAUGACAUUUAGUUCGAUAUAUAAACCGUUGGCAGAAACUCAGUCAGAAGAUUUCUGCAGUGCAAUACUGAAGUACUGUAACGGUUUCCUGUCUAACUGAGCUGUUCAGCUGCCAGCCUACCUGUCGCACCAUCAGGGACCCAGCAGACCUCAAAGCAUCAUGCUCACCAGGAAAAUUAUUCUUCUGUUCUCUCUGUUUACCCUGCUUGUAAAAGGAGACUUUGAUGCUAAUGAUGUGGGAAGUCAAGCCAUAUCAACAGAUAAAGAUUCAUUGUCUGAUGAAGUUCCUACAGAGAGCAUGAACGCCGUCUCUCCUGACCAGCCUGAUGAAUCCCAGUAUUACGGAGGAGGACCAUCAGACACCAGCAGCACCAGUUCAGAGACAGCAGACACUCCUGCAGUAGAGCAAGUUGCAGCUCCUGAGCCUGCUGCAGCCGCUCCAAGCAGUGCAGAGGAAGAGGAUGAAGAUGAAGGUAAUGACUCCCACGAAGGAGCAAAGAAAAAGUUCAGUUCUCGUUCAGCGAAACCUCCAAGCCCCGCCCACAACAACCAGAGCCCCGCCCACACCGUUCAGAUCCCCGCCCUCCCGCCUCAGCCAGUCGCCCCCCAGCCCAAAAUUUUGCAGAGGACCCGGUCGUCCAAGAGACGGUCCAGAACCAACCGCCGUCAGGUUCAAUAAAACCCCUCAAGAAAACCCAGAAACGUGUAAUCUACCCCGACAGAUUCACUCAGAAACCAUGAGGCUGUUUUGAACAGUCAGGAGGAAACACUUUGGUGCUUUGGUUCAUAUUCACCUUCGGUCUCAAAAGUUAAAAACUGAAACCAACAGUUUGAUUGGACAAACACAGACCUCAGUCAGACGCUUCUGGAACAAACAUGCCGUUUCAAUCACAGCUGUGAAACAUGAAUUGAUAAAUUUUUUAAUGUGUUUUAAUGCAUUUGAAGCUGAUAGUAACUGAAGAUGAUCUUUAUAAUUACAAAAAAUGCUUUGUGACACUUUAAAUUCUAAAUUAGGGCUUUUUGUUGCAGAGACUCUCUGGCCUCUGAUAUGUUUUUAUCUUACGCAUAAGGAUUUUGGCCUCUGGACUUCAGCAGACCUCAGAGUAUUAAAUCUGCUCAGUUUUGUGAUUUUGUUUUUAUUAUUCUUGUAAACGUUCGUGAAACCAUUAAACAUGUUGCUUCUAAUGUUCCCUGUAUCAUAUUUUGUUAAGGUUAAACAAAACUCCUUUGCCUGUCAGAAAACGAAUAUUACGAGCAUUGAAAAAUGAGAUGUAAUAAAUAUCAGAUUAAUGUA